AUGGAAUCCUUUGAUUACUUGGAGUGUAUAGACUGUACCCCUUUAUACAUUGAUGUAGAAUGGGAUCCAGUACUUGCAGCUUUGCAAGCUGCGCAGGAACGUUCUCAAAUUACCGCGAGCGACCUGGAAGCCGGUUCCAGCAAUCAUCAUCAGGCUCAAGAACAAGCUAUACCUGUUUCUGCAAAUGAGGCAAACAGUGCCGAUGAAAAGCCGCUAGAAACAGAGCUUGUUCUAAAUGUUACCGACAGUGAGAUCGCUGAAGCUCUAGCUGUUUUGCCAGAGCUUCCCAAACAUCUACAUGGCGACGGACAAAGGCUGCCGGCGCCGGAAAUGAACCGUAUAUUGGAAACCAUGCUAGAAUAUCAUAAAGCUCAGCCAUUGGAUCCAAUUUCUAAGAAGGAUUACAAUGUUGCUAAGAUUCUUUUGAUGCUGGACGACUCAAGCCCAUUAGAAGCAGAUGAAGCUCUGAGGCUAGAAGAUGGAGAACAUGCAGAACCAGAAGCCCCAAGUCAGAACCCUAGAAAGCGAUGUGGCCGAUCCCCGAAGGUACACCCAAACCUAAAAGCAACAAAAAGGAGGACAAAGAAGAUGGUUCUAGCAGACAAUAUUAAUUACCAGAAGGAUGAGUGA